AUGAAGACUGCUCCCAAACGCGCGUCUGCUCCGCUCUUCCGCUUCCCCUUCCCUUUCCCUUUUUCCUUCCCCUUCUCAUUCCCCUUCUCCUUCCCCUUAUCCUUCGCCUUCUCAUUCCCCUUCUCCUUCCCAUUCUCCUUCCCCUUAUCCUUCGCCUUCUCCUUCCCCUUCUCCUUCCCAUUCUCCUUCCCCUUCUCAUUCCCCUUCUCCUUCCCCUUAUCCUUCGCCUUGUCCUUCCCCUUCUCCUUCCCAUUCUCCUUCCCCUUCUCCUUCGCCUUCUCCUUCCCCUUAUCCUUCCCCUUCUCCUUCCCCUUCUCCUUCCCAUUCUCCUUCCCCUUAUCCUUAUCCUACGCCUUCUCCUUCCCCUUCUCCUUCCCAGUCUCCUUCCCCUUAUCCUCCGCCUUCUCCUUCCCCUUCUACUUCCCUUUCUCCUUCCCGUUCCCCUUCCCCUUCCCUUUCCCUUUCUCCUUCCCCUUCUCUUUCUCCUUCGCCUUGUCCUUCGCCUUCCCCUUCCCCUUCUCCUUUGCCUUCCCCUUCCCCUUCUCCUUUGCCUUCUCCUUCGCCUUGUCCUUCGCCUUCCCCUUCCCCUUCUCCUUUGCCUCCCCCUUCCCCUUCUCCUUUGCCUUCCCCUUCCCCUUAUCCUUUGCCUUCUCCUUCGCCUUGUCCUUCGCCAGGCUCUUCCCUUUCCCUUUCUCCUUCCCCUUCUCUUUCUCCUUCGCCUUGUCCUUCGCCUUCUCCUUCCCCUUCUCCUUUGCCUUCCCCUUCCCCUUCUCCUUCGCCUUCUCCUUCCCCUUCUCCUUCCCAAUAUCCUUCCCCUUCUCCCUCCCCUUCUCCUUCCCAAUAUCCUUCCCCUUCUCCUUCCCAUUCCUUCGCCUUCUCCUUCCCCUUCUCCUUCCCAAUAUCCUUCCCCUUCUCCUUCGCCUUCUCCUUCCCCUUCUACUCCUAUUUUUUCCUUCCCCUUCCCCUUCCCCUUCCCUUUCUCUAUCCCCUUCUCCUUCCCCUUCUCCUUCCCCUUCUCCUUCCCCUUAUCCUUUCCCUUCUCCUCCCCCUUCUCCUUCCCCCUUUCCCUUACCCUUAUCCUUCGUGUUCUCCUUCCCUUCUCCUUCCCAUUCUCCUUCCCCUUGUCAUUCCCCUUCUCCUUCCCUUUCUGUUUUAGAUCAUAGCAGUGAGUGGGAGCUGGGAGUUGUGUCAGCUCUCCCUGUUGCUGCUGCCCUCCCUGCUGCGCAUUCUGCAGCAACUGCUGCAGGAGCAGCAGCAUCUCCUGCCCCUGCUGCUGCUGCUGCUGCUGCUGCUGCUGCUGCUGCUGCUGCAGUCCCUGCCACUCCUGCUGUCCCUGUUGCUGCUGCUGCUGUCCCUGCCGCUCCAGCUGUCCCUGCUGCUCCUGCCCUCCCUGCCGCUCCUGCUGUCCAUGCCGCCCCUGUUGUCCCUGCUGCUGCUGCGUCGGCUGCUGCUGCUGCUGCUGCUGCUGCUGCUGCUGCUGCUGCUGCUGCUGCUGCUGCUGCUGCUGCUGCUGCUGCUGCUGCUGCUGCUGCUGCUGCUGCUGCUGCUGCUGCUGCUGCUGCUGCUGCUGCUGCUGCUGCUGCUGCUGCUGCUGCUGCUGCUGCUGCUGCUGCUGCUGCUGCUGCUGCUGCUGCUGCUGCUGCUGCUGCUGCUGCUGCUGCUGCUGCUGCUGCUGCUGCUGCUGCUGCUGCUGCUGCUGCUGCUGCUGCUGCUGCUGCUGCUGCUGCUGCUGCUGCUGCUGCUGCUGCUGCUGCUGCUGCUGCUGCUGCUGCUGCUGUCCCUGCCGCUCCUGCUGUCCCUGCUGCUGCUGCUGUCCCUGCUGCUGCUGCUGUCCCUGCCGCUCCUGCUGUCCCUGCUGCUGCUGCUGUCCCUGCCGCUCCUGCUGUCCCUGCUGCUGCUGCUGUCCCUGCCGCUCCUGCUGUCCCUGCUGCUGCUGCUGUCCCUGCUGCUGCUGCUGCUGUCCCUGCCGCUCCUGCUGUCCCUGCUGCUGCUGCUGUCCCUGCCGCUCCUGCUGUCCCUGCUGCUGCUGCUGUCCCUGCCGCUCCUGCUGUCCCUGCUGCUGCUGCUGUCCCUGCCGCUCCUGCUGUCCCUGCUGCUGCUGCUGUCCCUGCCGCUCCUGCUGUCCCUGCCGCUCCUGCUGUCCCUGCUGCUGCUGCUGCUGCUGUUGCUGCUGUCCCUGCUGCUGCUGCUGUCCCUGCCGCUCCUGCUGUCCCUGCCGCUCCUGCUGUCCCUGCUGCUGCUGCUGCUGCUGUUGCUGCUGUCCCUGCUGCUGCUGCUGUCCCUGCUGCUCCUGCUGUCCCUGCCGCUCCUACUGUCCCUGCUGCUCCUGCUGUCCCUGCCGCUCCUGCUGUCCCUGCCGCUCCUGCUGUCCCUGCUGCUGCUGCUGUCCCUGCCGCUCCUGCUGUCCCUGCUGCUGCUGCUGUCCCUGCCGCUCCUGCUGUCCCUGCUGCUGCUGCUGUCCCUGCCGCUCCUGCUGUCCCUGCUGCUGCUGCUGUCCCUGCCGCUCCUGCUGUCCCUGCUGCUGCUGCUGUCCCUGCCGCUCCUGCUGUCCCUGCUGCUGCUGCUGUCCCUGCCGCUCCUGCUGUCCCUGCUGCUCCUGCCCUCCCUGCUGCUGCUGCUGUCCCUGCCGCUCCUGCUGUCCCUGCUGCUGCUGCUGUCCCUGCCGCUCCUGCUGUCCCUGCUGCUGCUGCUGUCCCUGCCGCUCCUGCUGUCCCUGCUGCUGCUGCUGUCCCUGCCGCUCCUGCUGUCCCUGCUGCUGCUGCUGUCCCUGCCGCUCCUGCUGUCCCUGCUGCUGCUGCUGUCCCUGCUGCUGCUGCUGUCCCUGCCGCUCCUGCUGUCCCUGCUGCUGCUGCUGUCCCUGCCGCUCCUGCUGUCCCUGCUGCUGCUGCUGUCCCUGCCGCUCCUGCUGUCCCUGCUGCUGCUGCUGUCCCUGCCGCUCCUGCUGUCCCUGCUGCUCCUGCUGUCCCUGCUGCUGCUGCUGUCCCUGCCGCUCCUGCUGUCCCUGCUGCUGCUGCUGUCCCUGCCGCUCCUGCUGUCCCUGCUGCUGCUGCUGUCCCUGCCGCUCCUGCUGUCCCUGCUGCUGCUGCUGUCCCUGCCGCUCCUGCUGUCCCUGCCGCUCCUGCUGUCCCUGCUGCUGCUGCUGCUGCUGUUGCUGCUGUCCCUGCUGCUGCUGCUGUCCCUGCCGCUCCUGCUGUCCCUGCCGCUCCUGCUGUCCCUGCUGCUGCUGCUGCUGCUGUUGCUGCUGUCCCUGCUGCUGCUGCUGUCCCUGCCGCUCCUGCUGUCCCUGCUGCUGCUGCUGUCCCUGCCGCUCCUGCUGUCCCUGCUGCUGCUGCUGUCCCUGCUGCUGCUGCUGUCCCUGCCGCUCCUGCUGUCCCUGCUGCUGCUGCUGUCCCUGCCGCUCCUGCUGUCCUUGCUGCUGCUGCUGUCCCUGCCGCUCCUGCUGUCCCUGCUGCUGCUGCUGUCCCUGCCGCUCCUGCUGUCCCUGCUGCUGCUGCUGUCCCUGCCGCUCCUGCUGUCCCUGCUGCUGCUGCUGUCCCUGCCGCUCCUGCUGUCCCUGCUGCUGCUGCUGUCCCUGCUGCUGCUGCUGCUGUCCCUGCCGCUCCUGCUGUCCCUGCUGCUGCUGCUGUCCCUGCCGCUCCUGCUGUCCCUGCCGCUCCUGCUGUCCCUGCUGCUGCUGCUGCUGCUGUUGCUGCUGUCCCUGCUGCUGCUGCUGUCCCUGCCGCUCCUGCUGUCCCUGCCGCUCCUGCUGUCCCUGCUGCUGCUGCUGCUGCUGUUGCUGCUGUCCCUGCUGCUGCUGCUGUCCCUGCUGCUCCUGCUGUCCCUGCCGCUCCUACUGUCCCUGCUGCUCCUGCUGUCCCUGCCGCUCCUGCUGUCCCUGCCGCUCCUGCUGUCCCUGCUGCUGCUGCUGUCCCUGCCGCUCCUGCUGUCCCUGCUGCUGCUGCUGUCCCUGCCGCUCCUGCUGUCCCUGCUGCUGCUGCUGUCCCUGCCGCUCCUGCUGUCCCUGCUGCUGCUGCUGUCCCUGCCGCUCCUGCUGUCCCUGCUGCUGCUGCUGUCCCUGCCGCUCCUGCUGUCCCUGCUGCUGCUGCUGUCCCUGCCGCUCCUGCUGUCCCUGCUGCUCCUGCCCUCCCUGCUGCUGCUGCUGUCCCUGCCGCUCCUGCUGUCCCUGCUGCUGCUGCUGUCCCUGCCGCUCCUGCUGUCCCUGCUGCUGCUGCUGUCCCUGCCGCUCCUGCUGUCCCUGCUGCUGCUGCUGUCCCUGCCGCUCCUGCUGUCCCUGCUGCUGCUGCUGUCCCUGCCGCUCCUGCUGUCCCUGCUGCUGCUGCUGUCCCUGCUGCUGCUGCUGUCCCUGCCGCUCCUGCUGUCCCUGCUGCUGCUGCUGUCCCUGCCGCUCCUGCUGUCCCUGCUGCUGCUGCUGUCCCUGCCGCUCCUGCUGUCCCUGCUGCUGCUGCUGUCCCUGCCGCUCCUGCUGUCCCUGCUGCUCCUGCUGUCCCUGCUGCUGCUGCUGUCCCUGCCGCUCCUGCUGUCCCUGCUGCUGCUGCUGUCCCUGCCGCUCCUGCUGUCCCUGCUGCUGCUGCUGUCCCUGCCGCUCCUGCUGUCCCUGCUGCUGCUGCUGUCCCUGCCGCUCCUGCUGUCCCUGCCGCUCCUGCUGUCCCUGCUGCUGCUGCUGCUGCUGUUGCUGCUGUCCCUGCUGCUGCUGCUGUCCCUGCCGCUCCUGCUGUCCCUGCCGCUCCUGCUGUCCCUGCUGCUGCUGCUGCUGCUGUUGCUGCUGUCCCUGCUGCUGCUGCUGUCCCUGCCGCUCCUGCUGUCCCUGCUGCUGCUGCUGUCCCUGCCGCUCCUGCUGUCCCUGCUGCUGCUGCUGUCCCUGCUGCUGCUGCUGUCCCUGCCGCUCCUGCUGUCCCUGCUGCUGCUGCUGUCCCUGCCGCUCCUGCUGUCCUUGCUGCUGCUGCUGUCCCUGCCGCUCCUGCUGUCCCUGCUGCUGCUGCUGUCCCUGCCGCUCCUGCUGUCCCUGCUGCUGCUGCUGUCCCUGCCGCUCCUGCUGUCCCUGCUGCUGCUGCUGUCCCUGCCGCUCCUGCUGUCCCUGCUGCUGCUGCUGUCCCUGCUGCUGCUGCUGCUGUCCCUGCCGCUCCUGCUGUCCCUGCUGCUGCUGCUGUCCCUGCCGCUCCUGCUGUCCCUGCUGCUGCUGCUGUCCCUGCCGCUCCUGCUGUCCCUGCUGCUGCUGCUGUCCCUGCCGCUCCUGCUGUCCCUGCUGCUGCUGCUGUCCCUGCCGCUCCUGCUGUCCCUGCCGCUCCUGCUGUCCCUGCUGCUGCUGCUGCUGCUGUUGCUGCUGUCCCUGCUGCUGCUGCUGUCCCUGCCGCUCCUGCUGUCCCUGCCGCUCCUGCUGUCCCUGCUGCUGCUGCUGCUGCUGUUGCUGCUGUCCCUGCUGCUGCUGCUGUCCCUGCUGCUCCUGCUGUCCCUGCCGCUCCUACUGUCCCUGCUGCUCCUGCUGUCCCUGCCGCUCCUGCUGUCCCUGCCGCUCCUGCUGUCCCUGCUGCUGCUGCUGUCCCUGCCGCUCCUGCUGUCCCUGCUGCUGCUGCUGUCCCUGCCGCUCCUGCUGUCCCUGCUGCUGCUGCUGUCCCUGCCGCUCCUGCUGUCCCUGCUGCUGCUGCUGUCCCUGCCGCUCCUGCUGUCCCUGCUGCUGCUGCUGUCCCUGCCGCUCCUGCUGUCCCUGCUGCUGCUGCUGUCCCUGCCGCUCCUGCUGUCCCUGCUGCUCCUGCCCUCCCUGCUGCUGCUGCUGUCCCUGCCGCUCCUGCUGUCCCUGCUGCUGCUGCUGUCCCUGCCGCUCCUGCUGUCCUUGCUGCUGCUGCUGUCCCUGCCGCUCCUGCUGUCCCUGCUGCUGCUGCUGUCCCUGCCGCUCCUGCUGUCCCUGCUGCUGCUGCUGUCCCUGCCGCUCCUGCUGUCCCUGCUGCUGCUGCUGUCCCUGCCGCUCCUGCUGUCCCUGCUGCUGCUGCUGUCCCUGCUGCUGCUGCUGCUGUCCCUGCCGCUCCUGCUGUCCCUGCUGCUGCUGCUGUCCCUGCCGCUCCUGCUGUCCCUGCUGCUGCUGCUGUCCCUGCCGCUCCUGCUGUCCCUGCUGCUGCUGCUGUCCCUGCCGCUCCUGCUGUCCCUGCUGCUGCUGCUGUCCCUGCCGCUCCUGCUGUCCCUGCCGCUCCUGCUGUCCCUGCUGCUGCUGCUGCUGCUGUUGCUGCUGUCCCUGCUGCUGCUGCUGUCCCUGCCGCUCCUGCUGUCCCUGCCGCUCCUGCUGUCCCUGCUGCUGCUGCUGCUGCUGUUGCUGCUGUCCCUGCUGCUGCUGCUGUCCCUGCUGCUCCUGCUGUCCCUGCCGCUCCUACUGUCCCUGCUGCUCCUGCUGUCCCUGCCGCUCCUGCUGUCCCUGCCGCUCCUGCUGUCCCUGCUGCUGCUGCUGUCCCUGCCGCUCCUGCUGUCCCUGCUGCUGCUGCUGUCCCUGCCGCUCCUGCUGUCCCUGCUGCUGCUGCUGUCCCUGCCGCUCCUGCUGUCCCUGCUGCUGCUGCUGUCCCUGCCGCUCCUGCUGUCCCUGCUGCUGCUGCUGUCCCUGCCGCUCCUGCUGUCCCUGCUGCUGCUGCUGUCCCUGCCGCUCCUGCUGUCCCUGCUGCUCCUGCCCUCCCUGCUGCUGCUGCUGUCCCUGCCGCUCCUGCUGUCCCUGCUGCUGCUGCUGUCCCUGCCGCUCCUGCUGUCCCUGCUGCUGCUGCUGUCCCUGCCGCUCCUGCUGUCCCUGCUGCUGCUGCUGUCCCUGCCGCUCCUGCUGUCCCUGCUGCUGCUGCUGUCCCUGCCGCUCCUGCUGUCCCUGCUGCUGCUGCUGUCCCUGCUGCUGCUGCUGUCCCUGCCGCUCCUGCUGUCCCUGCUGCUGCUGCUGUCCCUGCCGCUCCUGCUGUCCCUGCUGCUGCUGCUGUCCCUGCCGCUCCUGCUGUCCCUGCUGCUGCUGCUGUCCCUGCCGCUCCUGCUGUCCCUGCUGCUGCUGCUGUCCCUGCCGCUCCUGCUGUCCCUGCUGCUGCUGCUGUCCCUGCUGCUGCUGCUGUCCCUGCCGCUCCUGCUGUCCCUGCUGCUGCUGCUGUCCCUGCCGCUCCUGCUGUCCCUGCUGCUGCUGCUGUCCCUGCCGCUCCUGCUGUCCCUGCUGCUGCUGCUGUCCCUGCCGCUCCUGCUGUCCCUGCUGCUGCUGCUGUCCCUGCCGCUCCUGCUGUCCCUGCCGCUCCUGCUGUCCCUGCUGCUGCUGCUGCUGCUGUUGCUGCUGUCCCUGCUGCUGCUGCUGUCCCUGCCGCUCCUGCUGUCCCUGCCGCUCCUGCUGUCCCUGCUGCUGCUGCUGCUGCUGUUGCUGCUGUCCCUGCUGCUGCUGCUGUCCCUGCUGCUCCUGCUGUCCCUGCCGCUCCUACUUCCGCCCCUGUCCCUUCCUCCACCACAGCCGCUGGCGUUUGA